UAUAGGCAGCAUCCAAUCGCCCGACCCUCACUACGCGUCUGCGCUGCUCCCUCUGCCUCGUGUACUUCAUUCUUCAUUCAAAAUAUUCGCAGUUUUAGACAGCGCUAUCAUCAUCGCACGAGACAUGCGUGUGCAACUGACUAUAGGAGUGUUUAUUUUGAUUUUGGCGGUGCGGCAAACACACGCGACUGAUUCCAGCAGCGCUCAUGACACCUCACAAGAGAGAUCACUGAACAUCCAGAAGCGAAGACUCUCUCUGCAGAACACAGCGGAGAUUCAGCAGUGUCUGGUGAACGCAGGUGAUGUAGGCUGUGGGAUGUUCGAGUGCUUCAACAACAACUCCUGCGAAAUCCGUGGACUACACGACAUCUGCAUGACGUUCCUUCACAAUGCUGGCAAAUUUGACUCCCAGGGAAAAUCGUUCAUCAAAGAUGCGCUGAAAUGCAUGGCCCAUGGACUUCGCCACAAGUUCAGCUGCGUCAGCCGCAAGUGUCUGGCCGUGAAAGAGAUGGUGUUCCAGCUGCAGCGCGAGUGUUACGUCAAACACAACCUUUGCUCUGCCGUGAGGGAGAACGUCAAUGUCAUGGUGGAGAUGAUCCACUUCAAGGACCUGUUUCCUAAAGGGCCCCAUGUGGAGUUAGUAAACAUCCUGCUGGAAUGCGGCAAGGAGGUGCGCGUCGCAAUCGCCCGCCGAAUACGAACUCAGUGCGAGCAGAACUGGGGAGCUCUCUGCGGGAGUCUGAGUCUCUGUGCCCUCGGAAAGGUGGAGAACCAGGCCGGUUCCACCCUCGCCCCUGUCCCAGACAUCACCACCCCUCCAGGAGCCAGCGGCAACUCCCUCCCUCCUGCGAGCCCGCGUCUCCCUGAGGCCAACGGGGAAACGGUCUGGACACUCACAGAAGAUGAAAAUCAGUCCUCAGGUCCUCAAGACAACGCCUCUGAUGCCGAAAAAGAGCCAAAGAGGUCUCUAAAUGCCACCAAAAGGAGGUGAAGGGAAGCGGGUUCUCAGUGCCUUUAGCCCACACGUCCAAAAAGGCUCAUUCACCGCUCUCCUUCCUUGCCUCUCUCAAGUACAAAUAAGCUGCAGUCUCCAGUGCUUCUAUAAGAGCACCAGCGACGACAGGGUAUUUCAAUGUGACGUUACAUUUAGAGCU